CGGGGACCACCAGACUCUCAGCCUUGAUUUCCAGCUCUCUCUUGGCUGUAAUAAUCAGUGCUGAAGCUGCCUUAUGUGCGAGGCUGUCCUAUUAUACCCAAGACCUCUCGCUCGUUAUCCAGGACGCCUCCUCCUUCUCCCUCUUUUACCUCAUCGACCUCCUCUGAAGCCUCUUCCUUCAGAGAUAUGGUCUCACAUUUUUGUGCAGGUUCUCUUUGAGGAUGGUCAAGAUGCACAAUCACAUAAUACGCACAGUAAUGUACUGCGCUCGUGUUCACCAUUGAUGCUAGUAUGCAAGGGUUUCAAGGAAGUUGCAAUGCCGCUCUUAUUUUCCAGCGUGUGUUUGCACUCUGUGAUAUCCUUGCAGAAGUUUACUGCACAUCUUCAAUCUGCAGACCAAAUGUGGGACUCUAUCCGCAGAAUUCCUUACUCCACCCCCGGUCGUUGGGUGCAAGUGCUUGAUCUCUCAGGGCUUCUCACAGCGCUCGAUUCAUCGGCGCACUAUGCAGUUAACGCACUUUUGACGCAGCUUUUCCCACUGCUGCCAUUCGUUGCAAAGUUGACUUUAUGUGCUGGAUUUCUGCUGAGCCGUCGCGCACUUGCGUCUCUGACAUACCGAGAUGGCAGCUCCAAUAUUCGUGCACUGAGCGGAAUUUAUUAUGAUCCCUUCAUUAAUUCCGCGGCGACAACUGGUGAAGAUCCUUUCGUUCAGUUGCUACGAGCAUGCGUAAAUCUGGAGCUGCUGGAAGUCAUCGGGAUUGGUUUGGAUGACACUGAUUCCGAGUCACAAUUCGAUGACACCCAAGGUCUCAAAACACUACCUAUAUCUGCCCCGCUCUAUUUACCGCGCCUUCGAAGCCUCACUCUGUUAUCCAUGCCUUCCUCUUUGUUGAUGCAUGCUCUGUUGCACUCUCCUCUACCGCGCUUACAAACACUAUCACUUACUCCGUAUGAUGACAUUCCCUUUCCUGCAUCGCUCUCGUCCCUCUUUCUUGAGACGCACGGGCAGCACCUUCGUACCAUGCUCCUCUUCACUCCAAAGUCUUGGCCGACACACUAUCAUUCAUCACCCACUACUUUAUUCCACACAUCCCCAAAUCUCAAACACCUCUCUCUCGAAUUUCCGCUACCGGCACUUACACUUCCAUUCAAAACGCCAUUGACUGGUGUAUCAUCACCGCCUACUCUUCCCCUCCAGAUUUUGUCAAUUCCCCGACCCAGCCGUGACUUCUGGGUGACUUUGGAAAGACUCCUCCCGGUUCUUCCUUCCCUAAAAGUUAUACGUAUGCGCGACGUGCAAUGGCUAAGGCAUGGAAUGAAUUCCCGUGCUCAGGAGGCUGGGGUACAGGGUGAGAUGAGGGAAUGGAACCGUCGCCUGACCCGUAGAGGCAUUCGAUUGUUGGAUGGCAAUUGGAAGGAGACACGGAGCGCGUGAAUGUGGAAUGUUCAAAUAUAUCUUAGAGCCAGCUAUCGUUUGCUAACGUCUUGUAUGUUGUCGUGUUUUCUGCUCUCCGCUCAUUGCUGUAUGUAGCUCUCACCUCUCAAUAUUAACAUUGUCUCUGCGAGUCAAAC